AUGACCUAUCUGCAGUCAUGGCUGGAUCUGGAAAAGGAGCUGGGCGGGAGACCGCUAUUGCAAGGCAGUGUGGAAGAAAUGAGAGCCCAAGUUGCUGAGCUAGGCCAGAAGCUGAUGUCACGAGCUCCGACUUCUUCAGACGCUGUUGAGAGUAGAGAUGGGUAUGUUGAGAGCGUCCGAUAUCGUGUCUAUACUCCAAAUGAUGCCUCAAAGCAAGGGCCACUUCCUGUAGGCAUCUGGACUCAUGGUGGAGGGUGGUCCAUGGGGGAUAUCAAUGAUGACAACCUCUUGUGCCGAUUUGUUGCCGAACACAUUCCGUCUAUUUUGGUGAAUGUCGAGUAUCGGCUUGCUCCUGAACACAAAGUGCCGACACAACUCCAGGAUACUCUAGCGGUAUACGAAUGGGCUCGGCAGAAUGCUCACUCGUUUGGAGGUGAUCCAAACAAAUUUUACACUAUCGGAGGCUCUGCUGGAGGUGCACUCGCAUUACAGGUGGCUAACCACAUCGUCAAUGAUCCGUCGAAACGAAAAAAUAUCAGAGGCGUUGCUGCAAUUGUACCCGCCACCUUACAUUUUGACUACGUGCCGGAGGAGUACAAAUCGAUUUAUAAGGCGUAUAAGGAAAAUGAAAAGGAUACUCCUCUGAUAGACAAGGAGGCGGUGAGAACAUUCUUUGAAGCCACCGCUGUCGACCCCAGAGACAGCACCUUUUUUACGGCUUUGGCUACCGACAACCACCAGAACUUCCCGCCUGUUUACCUUGUCAGCUGCGAGAAAGAUCCUCUCAGGGAUGAUGCAUAUGUCAUGGAAGCAGCUCUGAAGAGGGCGGGUGUGCCCACCAAACACGAUACCUACAAAGGCUUGGGUCAUUACUUCUGGAUUUUUCCGUCUCUACCUGAAGGACAGCAAUUUGUUGAGAACUUGAUUGGUGGUAUACAAUGGUUGAUCUCUCAGAUGUAGACUAUGCAUAUAUUUGACAACAGUGGGGAGAAGU